UAUCAAAAACAACUCAAAAAUUCAAAUACGAAAAAAAAAAAGCUCUUUUAAGUUACUUCUUGCGAUUAUUUUCUCAAGAAAUAUACCAUGGGUAUUCAUUUACCUGGGGUUCUUGCUAAGAAACUUUUUCGCCAAGCUUCUGGUAAAUCAUCCUCUUUAGAUGUUCCAAAAGGCUUUGUAGCAGAAUGGAUUCUUAAUGCCAGCAUAUACAUGCCAGAUUGACCCUUUGAUGAACAGCACGCUUGAGAGAAUCGGUCGAGUGAAAUAUAUAUUAAGAACAGCUGGUUCAAUCCAUUAAUUGCUUAUUUAAAUGGUCCCUCAUGGUCAUUGCCUAUGAUGUCCAUCAAUACACACAACAUGAAGGAUAUGAAUUUUCUUGCCCCUAGUCGAGUGGUUAGAAGACAAUACCAUGUGAUACCGCAUAAGCUAUGACCCUAAUAGCGGACACAGGCAAUUAGUUCAAGCCAAACACUCAUCUAUAUAUUCUUGGCUACUGGCUUAUCAAAAACAACUCAAAAAUUCAAAUACGAAAAAAAAAAAAGCUCUUUUAAGUUACUUCUUGCGAUUAUUUUCUCAAGAAAUAUACAAUGGGUAUUCAUUUACCUGGGGUUCUUGCUAAGAAACUUUUUCGCCAAGCUUCUGGUAAAUCAUUCUCUUUAGAUGUUCCAAAAGGCUUUGUAGCAGUUUGUGUUGGAGAAGCACAAAGGAAGAGAUUUCUGGUUCCCUUAUCAUACUUGAAUCAUCCCUCAUUUCAAGAUUUGCUUAGCACAGCUGAAGAAGUGUUCGGUUUUGAUCAUCCAAUGGGUGGUUUGACAAUUCCCUGCACAGAAGAUACUUUUGAUGCUGUCAUUUCUAAUUUGAGCACAUCAUAAGAAAUGGUACUCGAAGGCAACUAUAAAAUAGCAAUUUCGUAGGGCAGGCCCUGAUUAAUUCAAUGUAAAUAUGAGUUGUAAAGAAUUGAACAAUUUUGUGUAAUGAGAAAAAUUAUUUGCCCUAAA